UCGGAACCUCCCGUCUUGUGAUAUUCAGGCAUCAUGACACAACAGGUCAGUGGCUCACCGUUCCUCAAGCCCUUCUUCUUGAAGACGCCGGUCAGAGUUAGCCCUCUGCGACAGAGACGACACACACUCCCCGCCAGUGAGUUCAGGAACCUCACGCCACAGGACGCCAUCAGUGUGUUUGAGAUUGAGAGAGAAGCAUUUGUCUCAGUGUCUGGAGAGUGUCCACUUACGCUGGAUGAAGUGCUUAACUUCCUGGGUCAGUGCCCUGAGCUGUCGUUGGGUUGGUUUGAAGAGGGACAGCUGGUAGCUUUCAUCAUCGGCUCUGGCUGGGACAAAGAGAGGCUUUCACAGGAAGCCAUGACUCAGCAUGUCCCAGAUACCCGCACAGUGCACAUCCAUGUGCUGUCAGUGCACCGCCACUGUCGCCAGCAGGGCAAAGGCUCUAUCCUGUUGUGGCGGUACUUGCAGUACCUGCGCUGUAUGCCGGGCCUCCGCAGAGCUCUGCUGAUUUGCGAGGACUUCCUGGUGCCCUUCUACCUCAAGGCCGGAUUCAAGGAGAAAGGGCCAUCAGCCAUCUCUGUAUCCAACAUGCAAUUCCAAGAGAUGGAGUACACGCUCGGCGGGCAAGCGUAUGCACGACGAAACAGCGGCUGCUAGUCAAUCAACCCCUACCCCACCUCUUAUUCCACUUACUCACCUCUAACAUGGACUCAGGGCGGAAAAGAUUAACAGACGUAUGGACAGAUAGAGGCGCACCGGAAGGCUGGCUUUAGCAUCUUAAUGUCAGCAUCUCAUAGUAUCACUUGACCAACUGAAC